AUGCUUUGCUUUUUGUUUAUUAUAUGCAUAAUUUCAUGAUUUCCUAUAUCCUUUCAAACAUGUAUGUUGUACUAAACAGCAUUCUGCGACUGAAAAUUCCGAUGAGUCAAUAUGUAAAUUUUACUUUUGGGGACAUUAGUAAAAAAGAAAAUGAAUAAUGCAAUAAUAGUAUUCUUAUGUUAAAAUAUCGAAAUGAACUAUUACCUAUCCGUUCUUAUUGUAAAAUAAAAUUUGGUUAAAAACUGUUUGCUAUGAAUUCUAAUUUGGUAAUAUACAUUUUAAAAUUAUCCAGUUGCAGGCUAAUUACUAGUUUUUUUUUCCUCUCUGUUUACAAUUAUGCUUUACCGUUAUUAAACAGAUAAUUUAGUUUGAAUGAAAGCUAUCUGAUUAUCAACUUGAAAUCAGUAUACUUGAUUCAAGAUAACAUCUUGCCAGUUUUAUUUUGAUAUCCAUUGUGCAUCAUUUAGUAGGAAAAAAGGAGUGCCCAAUUAUAGCACAAUGAUAGGAAGCAUAUCAUUGGAUAAGUUCCUAGAUAUUAGAAAGUAUGUCUGAAAGUAUCAAAAACAGUGAAUCAACCAUUUCCAGUUCACGGACAUCAUCCAAUACAUUUGAUGUAAAAGAAAAAAACUAUAAACCUGAAAAGAGUAUUCGUGCCAAAGCUGUACUUUCAUCUUUCAUUGCUGGAGCAGCAGCCGGUGCUUUAGCCAAAACGACUAUUGCUCCUCUUGACAGAACUAAAAUUAAUUUUCAAAUUUCAAACAAGCGUUAUUCUUUGAAAAAGGCUCUUCAGUUUGUAGUACACAGUUAUCGAACAACCGGUUUAUUAAGCUUAUGGAGAGGAAAUUCUGCUACAAUGGCUCGCAUAAUUCCUUAUGCAUCUAUACAGUUUGCUGCUCAUGAAGAGUGGAAGCGUGUUUUGCAUGUUCAAACUUUCGAAGAGAGGAAAGCCAAUCCUGGAAAGUCUUUCAUUGCUGGCUCUUUGGCUGGUGUAGUUUCAACAACUUGUACUUAUCCUUUGGAUCUGGCUCGAGCUCGUAUGGCUGUUACUCAUAAAGAAAUGUAUAAUAGUUUGCUUCAAGUCUUCGUUAAAACUUGGAAAACAGAAGGUUGUGCUACUUUGUAUCGAGGUUAUGUACCUACCUUACUUGGAGUUAUUAUGUACUCAGGAACUAGUUUCUUCACUUAUGAAACUCUCAAAAGAUUGCAUAAUGAACGAACCGGCGGCAGAGAUGUCCAUCCUACUGAGCGAUUCAUAUUUGGCGCUAUAGCGGGAAUGCUUGGUCAGUCUUCUUCAUAUCCUUUAGACAUUGUUCGUAGGAGAAUGCAAACCGCUUCAUUGACUGGUGGUGAAUAUAAUACUAUUAAAGGCACUAUCAAUAAAGUUGUUAUCACAGAAGGAUUUGUCAGAGGGUUGUACAAAGGCUUGAGUUUAAAUUGGAUUAAAGGUCCAAUUGCAGUUGGUAUCAGCUUUACAACAUUUGAUCUGACUAACAAUUUUUUAAGAAAAUGCAAUUUCUUAAAUAGGUAACAUAUAAAACUUUAUCUAUCUUCAUAGUUAUAUUUUUUUGUUAGUUGGAAAAUAUAUUUUGUUGAAUCAAAUAUUUUUCCUAUCUCGUUUUGUAUAUAACUGAAUAUAAAAUUUUUCUAAUAUAUAUAUAUAUAUAACUUUUUUUGUAAUACUACUUUAGAUUUCAUAAAUGCUCAAAUUAUUGGUCAAAUAUAUUGAAUAGCUUGUUUUUGUCUAUUGAACCUCAAAAUUCACUUUUUUGUGAAAGGUGCUAUUUUGUAUUUUUUCUAUUUUUUGCUAUAACAAGUUUGAUUUAUUAACAGAUUGAAUUAUUUUUAGAUUUUGCCAGUAUUUUAAACUGAAAAUUUUAUUUUUUCCUAGUUAUAGUUUUUGAUUAAGUGAUAUUGCGAAUGACGCAUUGGCGAAUUACUUAGUAUUGAUGGCUUUUCUCAAAGAAAUGGUAAAACUUUUGUUUUGAUUGUAAUUAGAUCUCUUACAAUGUGUAUUUUUUUAUACCAGUGAAUAAACAGUAUUUGUACAG